AUGAAUAGUGAUGAAGCUGCGGUGUUUGCUCAGCAAGUACAAGACCUUGAUCUGAAAACAAGAACUUACAGGAGGGUGGAAGAAGCCCUGAAAAAGAUUAGAGAUGAAACUCUUCGCUUUAAACAUAUGUACGACAGGAGUGAUGAAUUUGUGAGAUUGCAGGCGGCGGCAUUGGAGACGGCAAAACGUGUAAUUAAAGCUUAUAAUACUAGAUUUGAGUCCUUGGAGAUAACAAUUGACCAAUUGAGGGACCAAGAAGAAGGCAGGUUGGAAGAUUUACUCAUGGAAACGGAGUCUAUACAUGUUGCUGCCCUUAAAGAGAAAGACUCGGAGAUAGACGCAUUGAAAAAGAGAUUAGCUUCACUAAAUGAGAAGAACGAUGAGACCUCGGGCAUAUUAGAGUCGCUUCAAGGCAAGGAUGAUAUGAUAAAGGGUUUGAUAAGGGAAAAACAGGAAAAUCAGGGCAAGCUAGGUAAGUUGGAACAGGAAAAUGCGGAGUUGAGGGUGUCACUAGUGUCGGCGCAAGAGGCUAAACUAGCAUCUGAUAUAGAAGCAGACGUUCAGACGAACUCACUUCUAGCAAUUAAGGCUGAAUUUACUUCACUCAAGGACGAGGUGGCUGAAUUAGUUGCCAAAAUGGAUGAUGACUCAAAAUCUGAUGAUCUUGUAGCAGAGAUAAUUGUCCAAAAUGAAAAGCUUACUGAUGAAAAUACGACCCUAAAAAACGAACUUACUCAAUUGAGGAUAGGCCGCAGCAAUAAACACAGCAACGAGGAGCUUUCUAAGCUCACGGAAGACUUAAAGUCUAAACUUGCAGGCGAAACCAAAAAGGUGUCCAGGUUGGAAACUCAGUUGAAGCGUAUUAUGGACGAACUGAGAAUAACAGUACACUAUAAUCCUGGUGAAAAUACGAUCCAGAAUAAAUAUGAUGCCAAAUUGAACAUGAUAAGGGAGACUUAUGAGGUAGAAAUUGGUAAAUUGGAGGAUGAGAUGGUCCAACAAAGCAAUAGAUGCGUAGAGUUGGAAGGAUAUAUCAGGAACCUCUUGAUACGAGAGGAAGAUAACCAGAAACUCCUUAAAUUGAGGGAAGAAGUCAUUCAUUUGGAUGAACAGUUGUUGUCCGCCUACCAGAUCUAA